AUGGAUGGUGGCAAAGUCAUAGCCGAGACGCUUGGCAUCGAUCAAGCGAGCGCGGAUCAACGCCUGCUGUACACCGCGGCCACGGAAGCUCGGGGUGGUGCUGUCGAUGUAGAGGUGGGCAACGCGGCCGUACUUGGUUUCCAUCAGAGCCAUGGCGCCACAGCCGGCAAUUUGACCGUCGAUCUUGCCGAAGUAGAGAUUUGUGUCGGUGCGCAUGGCGGCGGAUUCGGCCAGGCUGCGCAACACCUCAACGGAGCGGCCGUCGUCCUUGAAACCCGCGACGGACGAGUGGAUAAAGGCGCCGGCACCGGCGUCGUUGGCGGGGGCGCGGCAGACCAUCAUGUUGGAGGAGAAGGCCAGUUCAGAGGGCUCGGUGGAGUCCAUGUCCAGGUCGAACUCGACGUGCAGGUCGUGCAGGGAGCGCGCGUAGAUGUUGAGGAAUCCAUCUACGACGGGCAGAGGAGAAUGGUGUGGGGUCAGAUUGGCCGAGUCAUGCAGGGUUUCGAUGUCACAGAGGUCUUGCUCGGUAACUCGGCCCUUCAUGCCCAGGCCCAGGGUUCGGUUGAUUUGGGCUCCGAGGAGUGGUGUGGUCAGAGCUACCACGCCACCGCCGGCCACGGGGUGGAAGCUGAUCUUCUCAUGGGGGAAUAG